GGAACGAUGUCCCUCUCCCCCAUCGUCAUAGAAUGAGACGGGACGGUUCGUCGGAACAGAGCCCAUCGGUUGGUAUUCGUCUCCAAGAAUGAACUUUUGGACGUCCCGAGCGACGGGAGUCCCUCUCCUACGACGAAACAUGUGACCGCUUUUCCGUUCCCAAAAGCCUCGUCUCCUCCUCCUCCUCCUCCUCCUCCUCACUCGCUGUCAUGUCUUCUUCUGCGAGCCCCUAUCUUGUCUGUCUAGGGUUUCAACGAGCCUUGAAGCCCUCUUUUCCAGCCGCGACGAGAACACUGAUCUACUCUGCCAUCGCUCUUCGAUCCGCUUCCCAUGUGAAGUCAUCUCGAUUUGGAGUUGUUAGAUGGAGAUGCGAUCCCAGACAUUUUUUCCUUUCCGUCGCGGCCAUGGAUGAGGAUUCUGUGGCGAUUCCCUCACUUUUCGAAGAGGGUGAUGAUAUUUCUGAAGGAUCUUCUUCUUACAUGUUGUCUUCGAGCGAGGGUGAGGAUAGUGAUACCGAUCUUUUUCUGAACCUCACUGGGGAUAUUGACUUGCCGACGAGCAGGGAUCAUUUGGAAACAUCUGAUGGUGCACUGACAGUUGCUGCCCACCGGUUUGCUACCAUUCAUAAAGGACGGAGGAAGAAAAGGACUCAGCUAGGAGUCAUGAUUACGAUGGGAUUAAUAGCCUUCUUAAUCUCAUUUCUUUUAUUCGUCGACUGGUGUUCUUGGAAGAUUGUUAGACUUCCUCUGAAACCCUUUUAUUUGACGCACCCUUUUUCAUUAUCAGCAGUUUUAUCCGCAUGUGCUGGAUGUUUAUAUGUCCCUAUAGCUGAGAGCAUGAAGAUUCGUCUGAUACUUAGGAAAGAAAGGCGUAUGACAGAUUUCUAUAAGAGGGCUACUCCAACAAUGGGUGGCUUAUUUUUUCUUCCAAUAGGCAUUGUAGUUGCAAGAGGCAUUGCUGGUCUCAACUCCACUCCAAUAAAUGGAGCAGUGGUAGCAACUGUUGCAUGUGCAGUAAUUGGGUUGCUUGAAGACACUUUGAGUUGGAUCAAGAAUCCCAAUUAUGGACUGCCACAAUGGCUUAAAUUCUUUUUACAGGUAGCUGUUGGGACAUGGUUUUCAAUUUGGUUGGAUUCAGCAAACAUAUCAACACCAUACAGCAUGAAAUUGUUGGUUCCUCUUCCUCCACCACAUGGCCUUGUCUGUAUGGAGAAGUUCUAUAUAGUCUUGACGGCAUUUAGUUUUGUUGCUAUGGGGAGUGGAGUGAAGUCAAUUGAUGGACUGGAUGGCUUGGCUGGAGGGGUUGCUGCCUUGGCAUUUAUAGGGAUGUCUAUUGCUGUUCUCCCAAUUUGUCCAAAACUGGCUAUUUUUGGAGCAUCAAUGGCAGGAGCCUGCAUUGGCUUUCUUGUCCACAACAGGUAUAAGGCUUCCGUAUAUAUGGGUGGAAUUGGAUCCUUGGCUCUUGGUGGAGCACUUGCUGCAAUUGCUGCUUGCACAGGAAUGUUUUUCCCUUUGCUUAUAUCAUCCGGUGUUUUUGUCCUGGAAUUGUUGUUGGUCAUGGUGCAGGUUUUCUUCAUGAUGGCAACAAGACACAUGUAUGGAACUAGACGUUUUUUUAGGAUGGCACCCUUGCAUCACCGCUUGAAAUUAUUUGGGCUAAAGGGACCGUUCAUUGUUGCUGGCGCAUACAUGAUAUCAUCCAUCUUGGCUUUAUUCGCUGGAUAUGUUGGUCUUAUUUCAGCUUGAAUUUGCAAAGCUUCCAUAUCUACUUAUUCUUGUGUCUUUUGCUUAUUAUCAGAAUCUCAUGAUUUCAUCUGAGUGCAUUCAACACAUGGCUUUUUGUUUACUGCACCAUUAUCAUUCAUUGGUUGGGUUAUCAAAUCGUGACUCUUGCUGUAUUCAUACUUCCAUGCAUGCUUUCUCAGUUAAAAAGCUUGACACCUGGAAUAUUGAAAGGCAAACUUCCUCGCAUUGUGACAGUAUGCGAGACGACGUGAAUUGUAGCUUUUGAAGCUUUUAGCUAUUAGGUUGUGAUAGCAUACCGUAUAGAUUCUGGUACUGCAGUGUAUCAAAUCAAGCUUUAGAUGCGCCUUAUCCAUCA